AUGGAUGCAGAAAUCGCGAAUCUCAGCCUUGACGACGCAGCAGUUUAUCGUGAUUCUGAGACGCCUCAACACGAGGCUGCAGCAGCAGUAGAAGCAGCAGCGGCAGCAUUCGACGAUGACGGCGUCGAGAAUCUCUCUAAUUGGCUCUCGCGCGUCGUUCGCGAGGCGACGACAGAGCAGCAGCAGCUCGACGCCAUCGCGUCGUGCCUCUUCGUCGCGAACGCCAUGUGCGACUGGCCCGACUCGGACGCGCACAGGCCCAAAGAGAAGUUGGGCUUCGACAUCUUCUGCAAGAUGCCGCCCGUCAAGAAGCUGCUCGCUGCGGAGCGGGCGCGCAGGCGCACGGGCGUGCAGCACGCACACGGGAGGGAGGAAGAAAGCAAUGAGUGCGACGCAGGCACCUUCUUUCUGUUAGACGACAGCAGCAGCACGCGAGGCCCCAACACACCCUGGAACAGCUUCAGCGGGCGCACAAGCUACCCACCAAGGCCCGUCAAAGUCGCUGUGCCGCCCGCCUUCAAGGCACUGCUGCCUGCCAACAGAUGGGACCGGGACGGUCGCCUGCGCACAUCGCUGGGCACGUGCCAUGCUGGACUCAAGCAGCCCGGGCACUCGCCACGCAAGAGGUCCCGCCUUUACAUGAGGGUGUCUCCUGACGCUGCUGCUUCUGUCAAUAUCCUCUGCCAGAUCCCUUGUAAACCUGCCACCUUAUUUUCCAUUUCUGCCAUCCGUCACCCGGCCUGCCAGCCACCCUCUCUGAGCGCGUGGAAGUACUACCUUGCCGAACCCCUCCCACUCUGCCACCGCUCGUGGCGCACGUCACCAGCCGCCAUCGUGUCGGAGCCACAGCCGCCCUCACCUUCAGCGGCACAGAGCGGGGCGGCGCAGCCAGGGCCGUGGUCGUCAUCCCCCCGCUCGUCACCAGGAGACACGGCCUCACAGCCACGCCAUUGCCACUUGCACCCGCUUGUUCUCAUCCACAUCGGCUAUGAGAAGCUGUCGCCAUCCCGCCGCCCCCCUGCUGCCCUUGCCACUGCCUCCGAUCAUCCCGCUCCCGCUCCCGCUGCAACCCCUCCCGCCGGUCCUGCUGUCGUUGCAUCUGGUCCAUCUGCUGGCCACUCACCCUCCUCAGUUCCCUGCCAGUGCCCAUGCCACCUUUACGCAGUGAAUCUGUUCUUGGAAGUUGUGCUUUUCGUGUCAGAAAGAGUGCGAGGAGAGGGGGUGGUGGGGGCGGAGACGACUCGGGAGGGUCAGUCGAAUGAGAAUGCGCAUGGAUCGGCAAACGAAGGCAGGCGACGUCUGCCGGAGGCGGAUCUGAAUACCCUGUUGCAGGAGUUGGGUGUUGGGCGCAUGAGUGGGCUGCAUCACAUAUUCGACGGGAAUGGAUGGACGCUUAUCCAUUCCGCUGCGCGCCAAGGGAAUACACCUGUGCUGGAGGCGCUAGUGGGGGUGGGCAUGUCGAUUGGAGAGCUGGGCAAAGAUACCCUCACGACGGCAAUGCACCUGGCAGCAUUGGGGGGACAUGUGGAGAGCAUGCAGUUGCUGCGAAGUCAUGGUGCCGACAUCCGUGCUCGCACCACAAAGUGCUCAUGCAUCGCAUCUAAUAAUCCCGCACUUCCCUUUAUUGUUGUCCCCACCGCCUCCCUCCACUCUCUUCCCUGCUUCCUCGCCUACUGUCUCUCUCCACUCUCCUCCCUGCUUCCUCGCCUACUGUCUCUCUCCACUCUCCUCCCUGCUUCCUCGCCUACUGUCUCUCUCCACUCUCCUCCCUGCUUCCUCGCCUACUGUCUCUCUCCACUCUCCUCCCUGCUUCCUCGCCUACUGUCUCUCUCCACUCUCCUCCCUGCUUCCUCGCCUACUGUCUCUCUCCACUCUUCUCCCUGCUUCCUCGCCUACUGUCUCCCUCCACUCUCCUCCCUGCUUCCUCGCCUACUGUCUCCCUCCACUCUCCUCCCUGCUUCCUCGCCUUCAGGGACUCCGUUACACCAUGCAGCGAAAGAGCAGCAGUGGGAUGCGGUGAGGUGGCUGGCGCAGCAGGGAAUAAAGCCUGAAGAGGUGGAAAGGCCGGGGGCCAACCCCAAGGCGGACAAGCUGCCUGCUCACCUCAUGGCCCAAGCAGUGCAGAUAGUGCGGGAGGUGUAUGAGUUGGAGGUUUUGUUGACGGAGUGUAUUGUGGAGAAUGGUAACAGCAUGGGAGGGCAUGCCACGGCCGCUGGCAGUUAG